CUCGCCCUCACCUCCUCGUCACCACCUCGCCCAGGAUGCUUGUCCUCCACGAGUCUGCGAUCGGCCUCGCCCUCUUCAAGGUCAAGGAUGGCAAGCUCGACGACAAGGACCUCCACAAGGCCUUUGAGACCGAGGAGGGCGCCAACAACCUCGUCAAGCUCCAGGCCAUUCACCGCUUCACCUCGACCGCGUCGGCCGUCGAGGACAUGACCGCCAUCGGCGAGGGCAAGCUCUCCAAGAGCCUCAAGAAGUUCCUCACCGACGAGGUCGUCGGCAACAAGAAGCUCAAGAGCGAGAAGCUCGCCGUCUCGGAGCCCAAGCUGGCCGGCGCCAUCGCCAAGAAGCUCGAGCUCAACGUCGUGUCCGACUCGUCGGUCCAGGACCUGUACCGCGGCAUCCGCCAGCAGCUGUCGUCGCUCCUCGGCGACAUCGACCCGCGCGACCUGUCGACCAUGGAGCUCGGCCUGUCGCACUCGCUGUCGCGCUACAAGCUCAAGUUCUCGCCGGACAAGGUCGACACGAUGAUCGUCCAGGCGAUCGCCCUCCUCGACGACCUCGACAAGGAGAUCAACAUCUACGGCAUGCGCGUCAAGGAGUGGUACGGCUGGCACUUCCCCGAGAUGGGCAAGAUCAUCACCGAGAACAUCACGUACGCCAAGGUCGUCAAGGCCAUGGGCUUCCGCACCAACUACAACACGACCGACUUCUCGAGCGUCCUCCCCGAGGAGCUCGAGGACGCGCUCAAGUCGGCCGCGGCCGUGUCGAUGGGCACCGAGAUCUCGGACUCGGACCUCGACCACAUCCACCUCCUCGCCGACCAGGUCAUCUCGAUCACGCAGUACCGCACCGAGCUGUACGAGUACCUGCGCAACCGCAUGGCCGCCAUCGCGCCCAACCUGACGGCCCUCGUCGGCGAGCUCGUCGGCGCGCGCCUCAUUGCCCACGCCGGCUCGCUCGUGUCGCUCGCCAAGCAGCCCGCGUCGACCGUCCAGAUCCUCGGCGCCGAGAAGGCCCUGUUCCGCGCCCUCAAGACCAAGCACGACACCCCCAAGUACGGCCUCAUCUUCCACGCCUCGCUCGUCGGCCAGGCUCCGCAAAAGCUGAAGGGCAAGAUGGCGCGCAUGGUCGCGACCAAGGCGUCGCUCUCGAUUCGCCUCGACGCGCUCGCCGACGCCGACACCAAGAGCCAGCCGCUCGACGGCGGUGCGACGAUCGGCAUCGAGAACCGCGUCAAGCUCGAGGCGCGCCUGCGCCAGCUCGAGGCCGGCCAAGGCUUCUCGAGCCUGCGCUCGAUCGCAAAGGCCAACGGCGGCGCCGACAAGCAGCAGAAGAAGUUUGAGCUCAAGGGCAACGGCGCCGGGUACGCGGCGGGCGCCGACGCGGUCGCGCUCGUCCCGACGGGCGUCGAGCCGGGCGUUGGCGGCGACGAGGGCGUCGACGUCAUGAAGGUCGACGGCCCUGUCGCGGGCGAGGACGACGAGGCGCGUCGCAAGCGCGAGAAGAAGGAGAAGAAGGAGCGCAGGAAGUCGGAGAAGGGCGGCGACGACGAGGACGAGGCGGCCAAGGCCGAGCGCAAGCGCCUCAAGAAGCUCGCCAAGGAGGCGGCAAAGGCCGAGGGCGCCGAGGAGACGCCGUCCAAGAAGGAGAAGAAGAAGCGCUCGCGCGACGAGGACGGCGCGUCGCCCGAGAAGAAGAAGUCGAAGAAGAGCAAGGCCGACGCAUAGUCGCCGUCCUCGCUCGUCGUCGUUGUCGUCGUCGCCGACAGUCGGAAGGAGGAGGAGGCGCACCUGUACUUUUUGGCACGCGAGGCUUGUCCUCCCUGUUCUUUUAUCGCCUUUGCGCAUCCCCU